AUGGACAUUUCUGAAUCAAUUAACAGUGAAAGUUUUGAGACUCUGCUUCGAGUAGAAGUUGCCAGUCGACAACCCCAACAAAAUUCAAAAGAUAUUAAUUUGUGUGGACUUCCAUUUAGCUUAAAUAAUGGAAUUUCAACGUCACAUCAUUCAAUUCCCGGUACUGCUCAACUUUUGGGCUCUUUACCUUUUAAUUUUGUUUGUUCUUUUGAUAUUAAACGUGCUUUGCAAACAACAAAUGAUGACUCAGCUCCUUCCACUUCGUCUAUACAAAAUUAAAAUGUUGUAGUCUUAAAAAUUUUUUAAUAAAAAUAAAUUUUAAAAGUUUAUUACACUGUGUUAUUUACAAAAAGAUAAUAAGUACAUCUAAAGUUUUGCUAACUUCUCUUUAAAUAAUUAUCCUACUCACAUUUUAAACUUUGAAAAUAAAAUCCGUAUAUAGUUUCCCAACGUAUGGUCGCAUUUAUUCUCUUAAUAUCUUGCAUUUUUAGGUAAUUUUUAAGCAUUUUAGAUGUGUGGCCCCAUAACGGAAAAGUACCAAUCUCUAAUAAUAAUAAUAUAAA